UUUGUGAACGUACCAGUCUCGCCCAACAACAUAAUAAACGAAAAGAUAAUCAGGUCAUGGAGUUUGCAGAGCUGAUAAAGACACCCAGGGUGGAUGGGGUUGUUCUUCACCGGCCUUUUAUGCCCACUGUGGAGGGGACCCUGUGUUUAACUGGUCAUCACCUCAUUCUCUCCUCUAGACAGGACAAUACGGAAGAGCUGUGGCUGCUUCACUCAAACAUCGACUCUAUAGAGAAGAGAUUUGUGGGGUCUCUAGGAAGCAUCAUUGUCAAAUGCAAAGACCUGAGGGUGAUCCAGCUGGAUAUCCCUGGUAUGGAGGAGUGUCUCAACAUUGCCAGCUCUGUUGAGGCUCUGUCCACGCUUGAUUCAGUCUCCCUGAUGUACCCUUUCUUCUACCGGCCCAUGUUCGAGGUCAUAGAGGAUGGCUGGAAUUCUUUCCUUCCAGAGGAUGUCUUUAAAGAUUUGGAGUCCAUGACUGAUGAGUGGAGACUAAGUGAAGUCAACAAGGACUUCAGCGUGUGUCCGUCAUACCCCCCUUUAGUGGUGGUGCCCAAAGACAUUGAUGACGACACACUGAGAAAAGUGGCUACUUUCCGUCACAGUGGCCGCUUCCCAGUACUUAGCUAUUACCACAAAAAGAAUGGCAUGGUGAUGAUGCGAGCAGGGCAGCCUCUGACCGGAACCAACGGGCGACGGUGUAAGGAAGACGAGAAGCUGAUCAAUGCCACCCUGCGGCCGGGCAAACGUGGCUACAUCAUUGACACACGCACUAUCAGCGUUGCCCAGCAGGCCAAAGCUCGAGGUGGAGGAUUUGAGUCUGAGGCCAACUACCCACAGUGGAGGAGGAUCCACAAAGCCAUUGAAAGGGCUAAUGUCCUCCAGGAGAGCCUUAUUAAGCUUGUGGAGGCAUGUAAUGACCAGUCGCACAGCAUGGACCGCUGGUUAAGCAAGCUGGAGGCUUCCAGCUGGCAGAGUCAUGUCAAGGAGAUCCUCACCACAGCUUGUCUGGCUGCCCAGUGUAUCGACAGGGAGGGGGCGUCAGUGCUUGUUCAUGGCACAGAAGGCACAGACUCCAGCCUGCAGGUGACCUCCUUGGCUCAGAUCAUCCUGGAUCCGGCCUGCAGGACCAUCAGAGGCUUCCAGGGCCUGGUGGAGAGAGAGUGGCUCCAGGCGGGUCACCCAUUCCAGCAGCGCUGCGCCCAGUCAGCCUACUCCAAUAGCAAGCCUCGCCAGGAGGCUCCUGUCUUCCUCCUCUUCUUGGAUUGUGUGUGGCAGAUCCUUCGCCAGUUUCCCUGCUCCUUUGAAUUCAGUGAGAGCUUUCUGGUGCUGCUCUUUGAACACGCCUAUGCUUCUCAGUUUGGUACUUUCCUGGGCAACAGUGCAGCCGAAAGAGCCAAACUGUCCUUGCCUGAGAAGACAGUGUCCCUUUGGUCGUGGGUGAAUCGGCCCCAGGAGCUGGAGCGUCUGACCAACCCGCUCUACGAGGCCAACAGUCUUGUGAUCUGGCCCUCCGUGGCCCCUCAGAGCCUGUUGCUAUGGGAAGGAGUGUUCCUUCGCUGGAACCGCUCCUCCAAGUGUUUGGACGAAGCCUAUGAAGAAAUGGUACAUAUAAUUGAGUACAACAAGGAGCUGCAGAACAAAGUAAACAGCCUGCGCAGACAGCUGGCCCAGCUGGAAACUGAAGAUCCCCUGCUGCAAACGCCUUAGAGAGAAAGGAAGCGAGAUGAGAGAAAGAGGUAGAAAAUGUGAAAAUAUAACUGAAUAUAAAAACAGAUCAGUGUCGGCCCAUUUUUAGGCUUCGCCAGCUGUAAAUUGUUCUCAUUUUUUUUAGAAGCGUUGUUUCCUGCACAGAUGGAAAAUGAAAAGAAACUGGCCUUAUGCCUACACUGAUAUGAAAAUCAUAUCUCCUUGAUUUAGCUUCAAUGCAGUUAAAAAAUCAAAAUCACUUAAUGGACUUAAAGACUGCCCUGAAACUUAACAUACCUACCUUUUCAGCAUAUUUUACCAUGUAGGAGUGAGAGGGAAAUGUUUAGAAAAUAAAAAAAGUAACAGCCAGUUAUUUCAGUUAUUUCUCAGAGCACUGCUAAAAGCCAAACAAUCUUUUUUCUCAUAGGCCUCAAAUAUCAGUGUGCAACUAGAACCGGAUGUAUGGAAGACAACUUCUAUUUUCUUGAAUUAUGUUUUUGACUGGUCAGCUGAUUUCAGAGUUGCUAAGCCUCGUCAGAUAUCAUGUUUCACACUUACUGACUUUCACUUACGCACACACCAACAUCUUAACAUAAGUGAGCGAGGCCAUGUUCUCCCACAAAACUACAGGAUGUUGGACUCCUGUGUGUUUGUCAAGGAAGGAGAUACAGGUGCUUUAGAAGGACAUUCGAAGAGAAACGGUGUGUAGAUGUUAUUACAGGGUACACAUUUUCUCCAAACAUGCUGCUGAACGUAUACGCCACUGAAUCACUGCAGAGUUACUAUGGUAACAUAUAGGGCGCCAUAAGGCAGCAUGUGACUUUGCUGCACAUUGAGAUAAUAUAAUAAGCGUAGGUGGGGUCAGCACCUACUGUACUGUACUGUACAGUGACAGGGGAGGCUUGUUUAAUACAAUUCUGACCAAAAUAUCCUGGUUGUUUUCCGUUUGAUAGAUCAUUACUUGACAUUCCAGUUAGCAGCGUGGCCGUAGAGUUUACACAAAUUAAUUACACAAAAGACUUACUUAAUGAAACCUCAUAAAACAAUAAUGUCCAUCAGCUUGCUGGGAAAUAUCACGUUUUCCCAAUCUUAUUAUGCAUAAUAGUAAACUAUUAAAAUGUGUUUUGAGAGCACGAUGUGGAAAAAGUGUGAAGAUGGUACUGAGGGUCUUGUUGUCAUGGUUAUGGCAACAAGACCUUGAUUAUCAGUGAGUCAGUCACAUGGAGAUUUGUCUGCUUAACGUGAGAUACUGCUUUAAAGACCAAUUUAUAUUUUGGUAACUAAAGUUAUAUAAUAAUUGUUGUGCUCAAAUUAUUAAUCAAAAUGCAUAUCUGCUGUUUUGUGGUAUAACAUUCAAAACUAAUGCACUUUGUGUGAGAGGCAUUUCAGUUACUUUAUGUGUAUAUAUGUGUGAAGCCAUUAUGCUAUACUAAAUCAUCAGAAACAUACUCUUCUAAUCGUAAUUCUUGUAAUUUGCAUUAAUUUUUUGUUAGUGCUCACCAGAGGUUGCCAUAAUAGACAGUAAAUGACUCAUUGUUAAAUGUGUAAACAUGCCAUGAUAUCCAACUAAUGUAAACUCAAACUUGUUAAACUUCCUCAAAGUCUGUGCAGAGGAAAAGUUCACCUCAGUUUCAACUUCUGCAUCCAAAGUAAUCAUUUUCUCGCCAACCCGGGACUUAUCAUAGAAGAACCAUGGUCAGGAAAGGCACAUAAAAAAAUACUGUCUGUGAUUAUAAACCUUUAACUGCAUUAAAUAAGCAGCUAAAUAUGUUUAAAACAACUUGACCUAAAUUCUCUUGGCAUAGUGACGUUAAAGCUCAUCUUACAACUAAAAAAUGGCAAUUAUGGGUUAAAAUUCAAUCCACAGCGUUCGCCAUAGGCUAAUUUUGUUUGUUUUGCCAGUAACAAAAGAAGCCAUCAAACCAUCUUCAUACAUUUCAUCUAUUUUACUUUAAGAAUGAUGUGAUAAUAAUCACACUAACUGAUUCCAGCCACUACAGUAAACUACAAAGGGAAUGUUUACAUGUAUAUUUCAUGCCUGCACUAUUUACGUCGUUUCCUUCAGCCAAAAAGACACCUUACCUCGACUGCUUUGUGUGUGCAUGAAUGGAACAAUGAGUUCAACCAAGGUAAUGGUGUGAUUUAUGAUUAUAAAAUUUUUUUUUUUUGCGCUCAUUUAAAGGCUGUUGUUGUUGGUCAAAAAGUCAACAAAACUCUAACAGAUUAUCAGCACUGUUGAUAAACAAUAGUUUUGUCUGUCAUUGUUGUGCUUUUCAACUUUGUGCAAUGUUUUACUGUAAAAUCAGAAUUCAUAAUAAACAUUUAAGUUCUCUGUCUGUAAAAAAAUAAAUAUAUUAUUGUUCAAAUGA